CUCUGUUUAAUAAAUUACUUUAUUUAGGAAAAACAAAAAACAAUGUUGACAAAAGAAAGAAAAAGAAAACAAUAAAAACAAGGCACACAAAUCUAGUCCGUCUACGUUCAAAAACAAAACCAUCCUUCCUGUCUCUUUAGAAAAAAGAAAACAGAACCAACAAUUUCCAUUUUUACAAGCGUCGAGCAGAGAGAAACAUACCCUUCGUCAAACCUUUCUGUCCUGCCUCAGAGUUUUUUUUUUCUUUUUUCUUUUUUAAUUUAAAUUUCCGUUUUUCCCAAUUUCUUGUCGGGAAACCGUUUUCGUGUAAUAUAAUCCGCACAAACCCAAUCGAGAUCGUUUCCUUUUUUUGUUUAUUUUUUUCUUGCGCUGUCUCCGUCUCUGUUCUCAUUUUUAUUUUUCUGAGAAAUUACGUGGUCGGAGGAUAAAAAGGAAAGAUUAGGUGUUGUUAAACGCGCUAACGUGCGCGGUGGGUGCGUAGUUUAAUUUGGUUUUUAGAUUUGUUUUUUCAAAAUCGAGGACGAGCGUGUAACGCACACGCGGCUUUUGAUUUUGACCUUGAUGGUUAUGAUGACGACAAAGAUGGCGAGUGAUUGGGGAACAUGGGAAGAGCUUCUACUCGGCGGUGCCGUUCUACGUCACGGAACCGGCGACUGGACCGUCGUCUCCGAAGAACUCCGUUCUCAUUCUCUCUCCGAUAUUUUUACACCUGAGAUAUGUAAAGCCAAGUACAAGAACUUGCGAGAACGUUAUUUGGGAUGCAAAGCUUGGUUUGAAGAGCUUAAAAAGAAACGAGUAGCUGAGCUUAAGGCUGCUUUACUUAGAUCCGAAGACUCCAUUGGGUCGUUGGAAUCAAAGCUUCAAAGUCUGAAAUCAGAAAGCAAUGAAGAAUGUCAUCAAAACAAUUAUUAUGAUUCAAGCCGAACGUUAUCACUCGAACCACCCUCUCCAAAAUCCGAAGGCGGAGGAGAAUGCACAAGCAAAGAUACAUCCAAAGACAUGUCAUCAGUUGGUAGUUUCACACAGCAAGAGCUCACUACAACAAACUGGUCACCACAAGCCAAGUCAGAAGCAGCAAAAGAGCAAGAUAAGAAGAUGAAUCUGUUACACCGAGACAUUUUUGAGUCCAUGUAUGGUAUAGGAGUAAGAGGACAAGUGCUUCCGAGUAUGAGGAAGAAACGAGGCAAGCGAAAACGAAAAGAUUGCAGCGCCGGUAAAGAUGUUACGGAAGAAAGCGAUAUGUUGGAUUCUUCUACCGUUGAUAUUGCUAAGGAAGGUGCUUCUACUAGCAGCACCAGCAUUCAAAGCCGAGGCCAUGGUUUGGCUUUACCUGAAGAGCUUAUGAAGAUAUACAACACUAUCAUACAUAACGAAUGUGCUCUUGUCUUCCGGAGACGGCUUGAUAGUCAGAAAAGGGCAAGAUAUAAGAAACUGGUACGGAGGCAUAUGGAUUUAGACACUAUAAAGUCAAGAAUCAACGGUCGUUUGAUAUCUUCAGCUAAAGAGCUGUUUAUGGACAUUCUUUUGGUGGCGAACAAUGCAGCCAUUUUUUACUCUACGAACACUCGUGAGCACAAAUCUGCAGUAUGUCUUAGAGACAUUGUCACAAAGUCUCUCAGACACUAUUUGACCGAAGACCAUCAUCCUCCCCCUCCUCAUCGCAGCAGCAGCAUUACUACAAGCACAAAGGUUCCAGUUCCCCCUUCGACAUCUAAAUCUCCUGCUGUCCGAACGAGCGUGGGAGUUAAAAAACCAAGAACAGGGGCGCACCCUCUUAAAAAGGCUGAGCAGGAUAUAGUGAAGACGGCUUCAAGCAGUGGUAAAAAAAUGAUUGUACCGGUGGCUGGUAAGAAAGUUACAGCGGUAGAGAGAAGAAGAGGAAGAGAUGGUAAUAAACAAGUGGAUCGUGGACUCGAUUCUCCUGCAUUGACGGGGAGAAAGCGGACUAGGGUGAGAUGAGUUUGUUCAUCGUGGCGUAUUUGUUUCUUCAUGUGUUGUUGAUAGUUAGGCAGAGAAAGCCUUUAUUUUAUCUUUGUAGUUUUAUAUGUGGUGGGUCAAUUUGAUCUGCAGGCAUAGAUACUCUCUGAUCACUGGUGAAACUAACUGUUUAUAUAAAAUCCCAAUAAUCUUCUCGUUAGCU